AUGGCUACUGCUGAUGGUCCUGCUAGGGUGCAUGACCGGAAUGCACGUCGCCGUCCAUUUUCGAACUGGGUGAAACGCCUGGCGAACCUGAAGAGUUCUUCUGACUCCACGACAAAUCGAUGGUCCAACAAGCGCUACACGAGCAAUAAGGGAAAGAAGAGCGAUCAAGAAAACAAUCCAUACCCGCUCUCUGGAACCAUCAACCGUGACACAGGGACUCAGACACCGACUGAUUCAUACACGGAUGAUCAUUAUGCAGAAUCUCGCUCCAGAAGCGACCCAUCUUUGGGUUCGGGCUAUGAGAACCCGGCUCCCCUGACGAGCGCGAAAUCCGCUGCGCCAACCAUUUCAACCAACGGCGACGCCGCAUUCUCCGAAACAGCUUAUUCCAAGGCAGGCACAUUAACGACUGGCACUGAAGGAUUUAGCACACAUGGAGGAGGCGAAGGUAGCACCUUCUCGUCGCCUGCACCUUCGAUUCGAUCGAUGACCACUACCCUGACCACUGUGCACUCGGCAGCACCCUCCACCCAACUGUACAACGCGCAAAACACCAACAAUGGACACCACCAUGGCAGCUCGACACAGAGCUCCUCAAACCAACAAAUUCAAUUCUCCCACCAAUUUCCUUCAACCUCACCUGCCACCGCGGUCCCCUCGCACCUGGUGCCCCAGAACCAUGCAAUGACGUACAGUGCCGCAACCGCAAACAAUGCCUUGACGGAUAACGCUUCUCUUCUCACUUUGGCGAGCUCGUCUAAGCGUCGUCGUCGUAACUCCCUGGACACCAACGCAUCUGUACGCGGAUUGGCUCCAUCUUCUGUCUUCGGCGGUAGUCGGGAGAGCCUGCCGCUGAGUGUUCUGAGUGGGAACACGACUGAAGCAUCCAAUACCUCUGUGUUUAAUGCAUCGGGGGUGCUGAGCCGACCAAGUAUUGUUGGCCUUGCUAGUGCCGAACGCAUCAGUGUCUACUCGGCCUCCGGAGCAGUCCCGCUAGCCAGCACCACUGCGGAGCGGGGCGGCUUGUACACCACCAAGCAAACCGUCAGCGGCGACACAGCCAGUACUCGCAGCGGUGUUCAAUCGCACAGUCGAAAUGACAGUACGGCCGCUAGCAUCGCCGGGGGUAUCAGCAGCCCAUUGGCCAUGGCUGGUCGCAUGAGUCGAAGAAGUUCUGGUUGGGGAGAAAUUACCGGCGAGGAAGGCAAUGACGGAAAGCCAGUCGAGAAAAACGAGGACGAAGCGGCGACUAAAGAUGCAACCGCCUUGCCCGUUGAGCAGCUCAAGACAUGA